GGUCCCUGGGAACGCGACGAACACUGACGCACAUCGGGAGGGAACUGACGACAACAUGGUCUGCGCUGGUGCACUAAAUGCAAAUCGUCUCCAUCUGCGUUCGGUCGUUAACUGGGACGCUCGCUCGCUCCCCCCUCUGCUCCGUCUUAUUUAUCUUGGACCGCGGAUAGAGUCGCUUUCAAAGCGGUUUUGUCUCCGCUGCCCGAUAGCGAGUGGAGGACGGCCAACCGGACAGAUGGGCAUGCCCCCUGGCACCGAGGGAGACAGACAGAUGGCUGUGUGUCCCCGUAGAGAGAAACUUUGAAUACGGAGACAAAGAGACUUUGACUUGGAUCACUAAGAGCUUUUGUGGACUUAACGCGGCGGCUAUAAAAACCAAACGGCGGCACCGCAGACUCAUCAUGGAGCUCGCGCCGAAAACCAAGUACACCCACUUUCGCAGCGAGUCGCUCAGCUCCGCCGAUGACACCAACUCCAACCCCUCGUCCCUCCCUCCUUCCACUCCCGCCACACCCCUCACUCCCUCCCCCGGCUUGCCUUCCUCCCUCUCCUCUUCCUCUCUCACCCCUAUCUUGCCGCCCUCCUCCCCCCGCCCGGCCGAGAACAGCCCCACCACGCUGUGCUCCUUCUUCCCGCGGAUGGGAGCCCUUCGCCUGGGCGUUUCUGCCACCACCCUCCUCCCGGGGCUCAAGGCCUCCGGUAGGCCGCAGCAGUCCCAGGCCCCCGUCGAGUCCUCCGGGGACGAAAGGAGCAGCUCCAGCUCCUCCCCGCCCCCGCAUCUCCCCGCUCCCCCUCUAACCGCUCCUUCUCCCCCACCCCGCCCUCCUGUGCAGGACAUGAACCGGCUGGGAGGGGCGUCCAGGAGGGCGCGGGUGGAAGGAGGGCAGCUCGGAGGAGACGAGUGGACACGCCAUGGCUCCUUCGUCAACAAGCCUACCCGUGGCUGGCUGCACUUGGACAACGUGGUCAGCACCACCGGCGUCUCCUACAGCGUGCGGUACAUGGGCUGCGUGGAGGUGCUGCAGUCAAUGCGGGCGCUGGACUUCAACACGAGAACUCAGGUCACCCGAGAGGCUAUUUCUGUGGUGUGCGAGGCGGUGCCCGGAGCCAAAGGAGCCCAGCGCAGGAGAAAGCCCUCUUCCCGCUGUCUCUCGUCGAUCCUCGGGAAGAGUAACCUGCAGUUUGCCGGCAUGACAAUCAGCCUCACGGUCUCCACCAGCAGCCUCAACCUGCUCGCCUCUGACUGCAAACAGAUAAUCGCCAAUCAUCACAUGCAGUCCAUCUCCUUUGCCUCCGGAGGAGAUCCAGAUACAGCGGAGUACGUAGCAUACGUGGCCAAAGACCCCGUCAACCAGAGGGCAUGCCACAUCCUGGAGUGCUCAGAGGGCUUAGCCCAGGAGGUCAUCAGCACUAUCGGACAGGCCUUCGAACUGCGUUUUAAACAGUACCUGAAGAACCCCCCAAAGCUGGUCACACCCCACGACAGAAUGGCUCCAUUCGAUGGCUCCGCAUGGGAGGAAGAGGAUGAUGAGGCACCUCCACCCACAGAGGUCCCUUACUACAACAACUUCCCGGGGAAACAGCCUCCUCCUGGAGGACUGGUAGACAUGAGGACCCGCCCAGGGGCCACGCUGCCGUACGGACAGCCCGGUCAGAACGACAUACACAAGCAGCCACUGCCUCCUUUACCAGUGGGUGCCAAGGAGGGGGGACGGGAACUCUUUGACGACCCGUCGUACGUCAAUGUGGAUAAGCCCCGCCCCUCAGCAGCUGCAGCCAAUGGAAAUGCGCACAGAGACGUGUUCGACAUGAAACCAUUCGACGACGCCCUGGGUGUCUCUGGGCCCAGCUCUGUGUCGGCGGCGCCCCCUCUGGUCGAGCAGCUGCAGUGUGAAGCGUGGUUCCACGGGAGCCUGAGUCGAAGGCAGGCGGAGAGGCUGCUGACCCGCGACGGGGACUUCCUGGUCCGUGAGUCCGGGACCACGCCUGGACAGUACGUCCUAACGGGACAGCAGGGGGGUCAGCCCAAACACCUGCUCCUGGUUGACCCGGAGGGGGUGGUCCGCACCAAAGACCACCGGUUUGAAAGCGUGAGUCACCUGAUCAGCUACCAUAUGGACAACCGGCUCCCCAUUGUAUCGGCGGGGAGCGAAGUGUGUCUUCAACAGCCGGUGGAGCGCCGGGCCUGAAGUCACAUCUACACACAUACCCGUGCAGACACACACACACACACGCGCGCGCGAGCGCCUGCGCGCGCGCUCCUCCCGCUCGACACCUCCACGGCGAACGCAGCCCGAGAAAACCCGCCUUCGUACACGCCCGACCUAGCACCCGGCACACUCUCCCAACACUACACCGCCGCAGCACGCAUACA